AACCUCUUCCUGACGUUCGCCAAAAAGGCCUCUGCCUUCAACAGCUGGUUUGAAAACGCUGAAGAGGAUCUGACCGAUCCCGUGCGUUGCAACUCCCUGGAGGAGAUCAGAGCUUUGCGCGAGGCCCACGACGCCUUCCACUCAUCCCUCAGCUCUGCCCAGGCCGACUUCAGCCAGCUGCCCGAGCUGGACCACCAGAUCAAGAGCUUCCGGGUGGCCUCCAACCCCUACACCUGGUUCACCAUGGAGGCCCUGGAGGAGACGUGGAGGAACCUGCAGAAGAUCAUCAAGGAGCGGGAGCUGGAGCUGCAGAAGGAGCAGUGCCGGCAGGAGGAGAACGACAAGCUGCGCCAGGAGUUCGCCCAGCACGCCAACGCCUUCCACCAAUGGAUCCAGGAGACCAGAACGUAUCUCCUCGAUGGGUCCUGCAUGGUGGAAGAAUCUGGGACCUUGAAAUCCCAGCUCGAAGCUACCAAACGCAAGCACCAGGAGAUUCGAGCCAUGAGAAGUCAGCUCAAGAAGACUGAGGACCUGGGGGCGGCCAUGGAGGAGGCCCUGAUCCUGGACAACAAGUACACAGAGCACAGCACUGUGGGCCUGGCCCAGCAGUGGGACCAGCUCGACCAGCUGGGCAUGCACAUGCAGCACAACCUGGAGCAGCAGAUCCAGGCCAGGAACACAACCGGAGUGACUGAGGAGGCCCUCAAAGAAUUCAGCAUGAUGUUUAAACACUUCGACAAGGACAAGUCGGGCCGGCUGAACCACCAGAAGUUCAAGUCCUGCCUGCGCUCCCUGGGUUAUGACCUGCCCAUGGUGGAGGACGGGGAGCGCGACCCCGAGUUCGAGGCAAUCCUAGACACCGUGGAUCCAAACAGGGACGGCCACGUCUCCCUGCAAGAAUACAUGGCCUUCAUGAUCAGCCGUGAAACGGAGAAUGUUAAAUCCAGCGAGGAGAUCGAGAGGGCCUUCCGGGCCCUGAGCUCCGAGGGAAAGCCCUACAUGACCAAGGAGGAGCUGUACCAGAGCCUGACUCGGGAACAAGCUGACUACUGCGUCUCCCACAUGAAGCCCUACGUGGACGGCAAAGGCCGUGAACUCCCCACCGCCUUCGACUACGUGGAGUUCACCCGCUCGCUCUUCGUGAACUGAUCCCGCCCCCCUGCCUUGCCUGGCCCACGCUGCUUGCCCUGCUGUCGCCUUGCUGCAUGUCACCUCCUCUCUGUGCCCACGUAUUCCAGUGUCACUCUCCACUGCAAGCUUAUGUCCGCUUAG